GUGCGACCCCUGCUUGUUCCGGCCGCACGUCAUAGGCAAGCUCGAGACAUUCACACGCGACUCCAGGUGUGUGUGAGCAGCAGGCCAAGGGGCGCGCAUUGUUCACGUUGAGUUAGAGAUGAGUUUAAAAAAAAUAGAAGGGACGGUUUCAUUUUCUCCAAAGUGCAUCGCGCGGCUUCGGAGCGGCACAUCGCCGAUCACUUACCUUAAACCUUACGCCCCAGCCCCCCCCCCCCACCGACUACCUGCGUGUGCACACUAAAUGGCAAUAAUGAAACAUAUAUUUCGAAUGUGUUACUUACGUGUUUCUUCCCUUGAUUGAGAUCUAAAAUAACUGGUAUGGUAUUUACAACGCUUAGACGGGUUGAUGGUGUUUUGUUUUUGUUUGUUUGUUGUUGAAACAAAAAAAAAAAUUUUUUUUUUGUUUUUUUUUUUUUUUGGGGGGGGGGGGGCAAGCCAUGUUGGCUGGACCUGGAGAAUAAAGCAUGCAGUUGAAAGGAAAUAAUUCCCCAUUUAAAAGGGCCCAGUAGGAAAAGUACUUACUGGCAUUUUUGCAGUUUUCGGGUCCGAAUAGCGGCGAUGCGUGUCCGGGUCCAUCUUGACUAAAUCCUAUUCGGAUAUCAUUUGUGGUAGUUUAUUUUAGUUCAACUGAAGACUUAAGUUUACAAACCUAUAGUCCAUUCAAUGAUCUUUCAUUCGAUACCAAAUGUUAUCCUACAAACCCAAUAAUAAAAUUGUAAACAUUUUUUCAUCCCAAACUCUCACUUCUGGGUAUCCGGGUCCGAAUAGCCACUUCGGUUUUUUUCAAGUCUUAGUUAAAUACCUUAUAAGCUGCUCGAGGUAACUCUAAAUUAUACACUCAUGUACAGUUCUCAUGAACGAUGUGUACAGGAAUGAUGCAGGAGAAGUAAGGCCGGUUUUAACCCAUUUUAAAAAAAAAUUGUAACACAAGGACCUUUUUUUUUAAACUCGACACUUCAAUUAGCUGUAAAUGUCCCAUACCUAUUAGCACGAAAUCAAUGCUUCUGUUGGCAUGUGUACGCUGGUGGGCGACUCGGGCACAUUCUAACACACCAGAAGCAGCGUCAGUAGGCCUCAUAAAGAUGGCGUAAAACACCGAAAUAAUGCGACAUCGCUUUCAACGAUUUCUAUUUGUAUGGACCCCAACGAUUGCAUUUUAGCGGGGUUCCACUGUAGGACUUUUCAGAUCAAAUCAGAGACCAAAAAAUAAACUAAUUUAAGAACCAAUUUUAAAAAAAAUUCUUUAAAAAGAUUUUAAGACAUCAGAGCGCCGUAAGCAUGCUUAAAUAGCAUGGACACAAGUGCUAUAGAAGUACUUAAUCAUUAUCAUCAUCUGUUAAGAUUACUGUAAAGACAAAGACAUAUAUUUUUUUUUGGAUGUCAUGUCAAAAGGUUUCAUUUUGUAUGUGUGCACAUUUCAGAAUUAUCUUAGAUGCCGUCAACCUGACGUGGGUUUUAAAUCCACCUGGGCGACAGUCAACCAACUUAACCGAAGAGCAAGGCGUGGAAGCAAGCGACAGAUCACUGCAGGAGAUAUCCAUGUUGACAGCUUAUAACCUGGAGACAUGGCUCUUGAGGGGGCGCACAAUUCAGGUAAUGUAGACAAUAAGGGGGACCAAAAAUUGGUAUUAUGUACCUAGAAUGACUCAAAUACAGGUAAUCUAUAAUCCACAAGGGUACUGUCAAAAAGAAUUAAUCUGGACAACGAGGCAUUAAAAAAAAAAAGGUAAUAUGGAUAUCUAUAGGCCCCACAGUAUAGGUAAUGUGGCGUGAUGACAUCAGGCUAGACCAUAACACAUUUCAUUAACCACGCUGUAGUAAACAUAACUUGCUAUUACCCCAACAUCACCACCCAACCGACCCCCGACAUACACACGUCUUGUUACAAGGUUUUAGUUGAAGUUAUGCCUCGUCUACUGUCAUCCUUGACCUUAGUCAUAGACCACUUCCAAGGGGUCACCAAAACGUCGCAAAAAAUCAUCCCCUACCUCCCCCCUCCCCAAUCUUUUUUUCUAUUGAGCUAAACUUACGGUAAUAGUUUCCACGCAUGCGCAAUGUAUUUAACUGAUGACGAUUAACAUCAUGAUUGAGGCAAGUCAUUGAUGCACCCCCCAACCUUUGAGCUAUGCCAUGUUAGAACCAAAGGCACGCGUUCUUUGUAAUCUCAUCAAGUUGUGAUAACAAUUCGGUACCUGCUUGCAGACCCUCAUGCAGUGAUUAUUUCAGAAAUUCCACCCCCCCCCCCACCCCGGAGGGGGGCACUUCAGAUUUUUCCGGGGGGGGGGGCAGUGCCAGUUGAUUUAUUGUUGGACAUAUUUUUACUCCGGGGGAGGGCACAUGGCUUUCCCAGGGGGUAGUGCCUCGGAGAUGUGGCUGAAAGCCGGUGAACAUUUACAUCGUGAGUUUUUAAAUCAAUCGAUUCCUGUCGUUUCAUUCUCAUACAUUUUAAAACUGAAUUUAAAUUGUAUUGCAUGAAAUCAUGUCGAUCUCUGAUCAAUCUUAUUGAAAUUGGCAAGUAUGAUCAUUGCGUUUUGCCACUACGAGUCUCCAAGCGGACAUGCGGUGGCAAUUUUUGCCAUUUAUUGAUCCAAAAACUUCAUCCCAUCUUAAACAUGGUGAAUUGAUUUUGGAUAGUUGUUAUCCCACGCAGAUCAUCAAUAAGAUGAAGGAAUAUAAUAUAUUAAUAUACGUAUUAUUUUAUCAAAGAUGCAUCGCUGGCUUCGACGAUGUCAUAUUCCAAAAAUUGACAUCUCCAUACGCUACUCCAGAGCAUCUAUGAAAGAUUUCUUUAUGGUGGGACCUCCUCAACUUAGUAGUGUUCAGAUGUUUAGAGCUCUUCAGGCACUGAUCCUAGAACCUGAAGUCAGGUUUUCGCUUACACGAAUAUGUAUGGCCAAAGAACAAAAUUUAAUAAAUAAAUCAGGCACAACUACCUGGUUCAUUUUUAAAACCUGUCCACUUUUCCGUUUGUCCACUGGUCCAGUUGUCCACUGGCCAUUUGUUCACUGGUCCACUUGUUCACUGGUCCCUUUGUCCAUUUAUUCACGGGUCCACUUGUCAACUCGUACAUUUGUCCAUUUGUCCUUUGUUCCACUUGUUCGCUGGUCCACUUGUCCAUUUGUCCACUUCUCAACUCGUCUACUUGUCCAUUUGUCCUCUGAUCCACUUGUUCACUGGUCCACUUGUCAACUCGUCCAUUAGUUCACUGGUUCCAUUUUUAAUUCGUUCACUUGUUCAUUUUCCCAUUGGUCCACUUUCCAAAGGUCCACUUGUCAACUCGUCCACUUGUCCACUUGUCAACUCGUACAUUUGUCCAUUGGUCCACUUGUCAACUCGUCCACUUGUCAACUCGUCCACUUGUCAACUCGUACUUUUAUCCACUGGUCCACUUGUCAACUCGUCCAUUAGUUCACUGGUUCCAUUUUUAACUCGUUCACUUGUUCAUUUUUCCAUUGGUCGACUUUUCCAAAGGUCCACUUGUCAACUCGUCCACGUGUCCACUUGUCAACUCGUACAUUUGUCCAUUGGUCCACUUGUCAACUCGUCCACUGGUCCACUUGUCAACUCGUCCACUUGUUCACUGGUCAACUUGUCAACUCGUACAUUUGUCCAUUGGUCCAUUUGUCAACUCGUACAUUUGUCUACUGGUGCGUCAAACUUGGAAUUAGGAAAACGCUGAGCUAAACAAUACUCGGGCCAGUGACGUCAUUCAUCCAUGUUAUACAGCUUUUACUUUAAAAAAAACUAUUUCAAGGACGCCAAUGAGUUUAAACUAUUUUUUUUUUUUGGUUUACACAAAAAAUUUGUAGUAACGUUAUAAUUUGGUUUUAACGAACUUUUAUCGACAAUUAUUUCUGACAGUUAGAUCUAUUUCCGACAGUUAUUUCCGAAAAUUAUUUUUCGACAGUUAUUUCGGGCAACUUUUACGGGCAGCUACUCCCAACUAUGACUUUGUCUAAAUUAUCGAACUUGAUGGUUAUCGGGUUAAGAUGGUUUAUGUUUGAAUUCUUUUAAAAUAAAAGUGCUCACGUCAAGUCUAAAAUCCAACAAGCUUCUAAUUAGACUCUGAACAAUAAUUAUGAAACCGAAUUUGAACAUGUCAUUUCAUACUUCAUGCAUUCAGAUUGUGUUUGAAAAUUCUUUUCUUAUCCCCCCCAGGCGUGUUUUCCUAAGAAUGAGCUGUACCAACGCCUCUGGAAGGCCUUCCAGUACAACGGUCACCUGCC